CAUAGUCCCAACUUCUUGAUAAUUUUCCACUGUCGUGGUCGCCAUUUUGUCUGGCCGGCUGAGAAAAGUUGGAAAAUUUUCCUCUAUUUUGCCAAAUAUGCUGCCAUUCCCAUUGUUCGUGACGUGAAUUUACUGUGCAUUUGAUGCCUCAAGGGGCUACUGUGGUAUGGGUGGUGUUUUCACGGAGACCCAAGUGAGAUUCUGUGCGUGAAAAAAAGCAAUUUUUAAGGUCGAUGUUUUGGUAUAAUGUGAAGGUGGAGUUCCAAUUAAAGGCAAGAGACGAUACACGUAGAGAAUAGUUUUUGGGAAGAAAGGCCGUAGAGGAGAGGUGUGUGCUGUGGAAGAAGUGAUUUUUUUUUUUGGGGGAAGAAGGCAAGGAACAAAAGAGGGAGAGAGAGAGAGAUAAGUGACAGGAAACUUGCGAUAGUGGCAACGGGAAGAGAGUGUUUGGAAGAAGACAGAGACAGUCAGUGGAAAAUUGGUGAAGGGGGGCACAUAAAGGCACAGAAAUGACGUAUGAUACCCGAGGAAGGACAUCGUCGGAUCAGCAACAAUCGCAUCCACCGCAAGUAGAUGGUGGCAGUAAUAGCAGCAAUCAGGGUGGAUCGACGACAGGUCAGAGUGGCUCAGAGCAACAGCCACCGGCUACACAGCAACAGACAGUGAGUGCCACAAGCAGUGAGACAGAAACUCUGACGCCUGAGGAAUUGAUUGCGUCAUUUCCACUGGCUAAGCUCAAUUCGCUCACUACGAAGAUUUCAAGUGCGAGAUGGGUGGUGCCAGUGUUGCCGGAGCAGGAAUUGGAGUGUCUCCUGAAUUCUGCCAUUGCACUUACAAGUGCUGGAGUUGAUCAUGAUUGUGAGCCAUGCAUGAGAUUCUAUCGCGAUGGCCUCACGACAUCCUUCAUGAAGAUCCUCACGGAUGAAGCGGUGAAUUCGUGGAAGUACAACAUCCACUAUUGCAUUCUCAUGUCAUGUGGGAAACUCCUGCAGCUCACUGCACUUCAUAUGAAGCGUGACAAUCCGUAUUUGUUGGACUUACUGGCUGUGGUAUUGGAUCCGGACAACAAAUUUCACACAUUCAAUGCAUCUCGACAGCCGGAGAUUUAUUUGCCCGGUACCAAUGGGGUUGGUCUACAGUCUCCCAUUUGGGGCAAUAUGGAGGACAUUUAUGCUGUGUCUCCGGCAGAACCGAGGCAUCCAAAGGGGUGGCUCGUUGAUUUACUCAAUAGAUUUGGCCAAUUGGGUGGUUUUGACAACUUACUAGAGAGAUUUAACACAGGCAUUGCAUUGCUUAAGAAGCCAGUCUCAUCAGAGGAUAUGCAAUCAUCAUCGGCAGGUACUACGUCAUCACUGAGCCUGAGUGAUGAUUCGACAAAAAUGAAGACGUCCACUGUGUCAUCAAGUGGAACAAAUAGUACAAGCACUAGUCUUGUUCUUGAGGAUAACAAUAAAAUUACCCUGCCGCUAAUACAUGCCCUUGUCCGACCAUUUGGACAAUGCUACGAACUCCUGACUAUUCCCACAAUUGAGAAGUACUUCAUGCCAAUUUGGGGUGUUGUACUUGAACUAUUGGAUGGAUUGACGGAUGAGGAAUUGAAGAAGGAGGCAAAACCAGAGGGUCGUAGCGAUUCGAUCAAUGGAAUUGUCCGGGCAGCACGAUGCCUAGCCAGUCGUUUGCCCAAUCAAGAGAAUUUGAUUAAGGAACUCGAGAUGUUUCGUCUAAAAAUGAUUCUCAGGCUGCUCCAAGUGUCGAGUUUCAAUGGCAAAAUGAAUGCCUUGAAUGAGAUCAAUAAAGUACUCAGUACAGUGGCGUACUAUCCGCACAGAAACCAGGGACCGCAUCUACAACAAGAUGACGAAAUGGAUUGGUUGACAGCGGAAAAAAUGGCUAAAUGGAUCAAAGAUACAGAUGUUUUGGGCAUUGUGCUGAAAGAUUCACUUCAUCAGCCACAAUAUGUGGAGAAAUUGGAGAAGAUUCUUCGGUUUCUCAUUAAGGAGAAGUCCCUGACAUUGGAAGAUCUCAAUGCCAUGUGGCGUGCACAGGCGGGAAAACAUGAGGCUAUUGUGAAAAAUCUCCAUGAUUUAUUGGCAAAAUUGGCAUGGGAUUUCAAUGCUGAACAAUUGGACUAUCUCUUUGAUUGUUUUCAGGCAAGUAUGACAACGGCUAAUAAGAAACAACGUGAACGUCUGUUGGAACUAAUACGUCGUUUGGCUGAAGACGAUAAAAAUGGUUUGAUGGCAAAUAAAGUGUUGAAAUUAUUCUGGACACUGGCUCAUAGUGCCGAAGUGCCACCGGAAGUGUUGGAUCAGGCAUUGGCGUCUCAUGUGAAAAUACUGGAUUACAGUUGUUCACAGGAGAGGGAUGCACAGAAGCAGAUGUGGCUGACAAAGUGUGUAGAAGAGUUAAAAUCAUCGGAAAAUUGGGCAUUGCCGGCAUUACGAUUGAUCCGUGAGAUUUGCUGCCUCUAUGAGGCCACAGCCAAUCAUCAGCCUCGUCAGCAGCAGUGCCUGAAUAGGCAGCAUGUGAUUGAGAGACUUCAGAAUGAGCAUACAUUGGUGAUUUUGGUGACACAUAGUUUGACAACGUAUAUGGAUCGUGUGAGGACAUUGGUGAAGGAAAAUGCUGAUUUGGAACCAAAUACACUUAUACUCGAUGGACGGUAUCCGCAUCCUCAGCAAUUGCAGGAGAGAUUGGAUUUUCUCAAAUUUCUCCUGAAAGAUGGACAAUUGUGGCUGUGUGCUGAUCAAGCUGAACAAAUAUGGAAUUGUUUGGCUGUCAAUGCGGCAUUUCCGAGUGAUCGUGAAGAGUGUUUUCGGUGGUUUGGUAAAUUGAUGGGUGAUGAACCAGAUCUCGAUCCGGGUAUUAAUAAAGAUUUCUUCGAGAAGAACCUCCUGCAGCUCGAUCCGCAAUUACUCACGGAAAGUGGUAUAAAGUGUUUUGAGCGUUUUUUCAAGGCGGUCAAUUCCAAAGAAUUGAAAUUACAAGCAAAAUUUCGUGGAUAUGUGUUGGAUGAUGAAGAUCUCAUUGGUAAAGACUAUCUGUGGCGUGUGAUAACGACAGGUGGUGAGGAGAUUGCUUGUAAAGCAAUUGAAUUGCUAAAGGAGGUGUCUACGGCUCUGGGACCACGGUUGCAGGCCAAUGUUGGUAUUUUCCAUGAAAAUUUCAUUGAUGAGUGCUGUGAUCGUUUGCGAUCUCAUUAUGACAAUGUAUUGCAAGUGAAUAAGAUCAUUGAGGAUGUGGUGAAACAGAAUGAAGACUGCAAUGAUAUUAAAGCAAUGAGAAUUGCUGAGGCUGAUAAAAUGUGUAGGGUAUUGCGUGUACUGCAGGAGUACAUUAAAGAGUGCGAUAGGACAUUCAAUGGUGAUCGAUACUAUUUGCCACUGAGUCGAGCAUGUCGUGGUAAAUACUUGAAUCUGUACAUUAGAUUCCAAAAUCCUGGUCGUCAAAUUGAUGAUAUGGAAAUAAUAACGCAUAGUAAUGAAACAGUUGCGGCAUUUAAGAGGAAUCUACUGAAACGGAUUAAAGGGACAACAUUGACGAGCAUUAAAGUUGAUCUCUACUACAGUAGUGGAGAAUUGAUUGAAGUAGCUGAUGAUCGGAGUCCAUUGUCGCAUUUUAUGUUGGUGGAAAAGACAAUGUUGACGGCUAAAUUGACACCAAUGGGUGUUGGUAUGGCUAGUUCACCGGAUAGUUCGAGUGAUAGUAGCACAGGAUCACCACCACGUCCAUGUCCUGAUAUGACACGCCUAGAAUCAGAGGCAUCUCUACCGGGUGUCAUAAUAUCUCAAAAGCCACAAUAUGUGGAAUUCUUUCUGAAACUCUAUCAACUUGGCAGUGAUAUGGAACACAGUACCCUACGCGAAUGUAGUCUACUACUUCAUCUACUGCCACUUGAUCGAUUUACCAUGCAACAACUUGAAACUAUGUGCGCAAUACGUAUUGAUGCUGUAGUUAUUAGUAGCAGUGGUGAUCAACAACGGAUCAAUAGUGAUUUGUCAAUGCUGGAGGAACAACCAACACUCGAAUCAAUGUUUCUCCAUGCAACACCUGCCCAAGUGCUUUACAAUCUCGAAGUUCUCCAUGCUAUGCUUAUUCCGGCCCUUGAACCACUCAGUGAUGGUAAUUUACUGCGUCUACAGUCAAUAUGGUUGUAUUCGGGUGUAGCACAUUUUAUAUUGGAACUCCUGACAAAGAAUAAUUUUCUCCCAAAUGCCGAUAUGAAUACGAAACGGGCGGCAUUUCAGUGUGUUUUGCGACUGGCGAAGCUCUUUCUCUAUAUUGUUGGCUGUGUUCUUAGUAGAGUUGGUGAUGAACCUGUGACGGCGGCACAUGUUGAUGGGGCAAGGAGUCAAGUGGAAAUACUAAAACAACUUCUAACAACAAUUUCGGGUAAUAGUGAACAGACACUCAAGACGAUAGCAUCAAAAUUGGCACAGAGUUUGGCCGAAGAGAUGCUAUCGGCUGGACAUCAGGGUGAAAUAUGUCGACGACUAUUUGGUUCGGCACUUCAGUGGUCACUGCCAGAUAUGGCAACAAUUAAGGCAAUUGUACAACUAGCAUGGGCAGCAUCAUGUGGAUGUCUCAAUAAACUCAAUGUAUCAUCGUCAUUUACACCAGAAAGUACAAUGCCUGAAUCAAUGGACUUUACUGUAUGCAAGGAGGCCCUAGAUGUUCUAACAAUAUCAUUAGUCCUCAAUCCAAAUGCCACAGAAGCUCUCAAUCAUGAUAUGGCAUGGCCAAAAUUUAUCACAAGUCUCGUACUGAUGAAUCCAUCGAGGCAUGUGAGAAAAGUGGCAUCGGACAAACUCUUUCUUAUAUGCACAUACUGUGCUGCUGAUCGACGACCAUUCACGUACAUGGUGAUCCUCCUUGUUGGUUCAAUACAUUCAGUUGUACCACAAUAUGCUGCCACAUGUGCUGAAUUCUUUCAACUUCUCUGUCGUAUUCUCAACUAUGGUUGUCUCUACAAUUGGCCACUACCAGUAAGUGAUGUCCUGUUCUCCCAAGAGAUCACCUGGCUACGUACAAUACGGAGUACAGUAAAACAAACAGGAGAGACACAAGUGCAUGAAGAUCUCCUCGAGGGACAUUUGAAUUUGGCCAAAGAACUCAUGUUUUACCUCUCACCCGAAUCAAAAGGACGCCUAAAUUCACUAAUUCAAGAAUUAGUAGAUGACUUUCUCUUCCCAGCAUCGCGACAGUAUCUGGCUAUGAGGCGCAAUGAGACAAUUCCCGAAUACAAUGGUCCACCGCCAGUUUGUCGUAGUUCACACACAAUUGCAGCUGCCUGUGACCUUCUUGUGGCACUAUGUCAAAAUUCUGUGCCGAAUAUGAAAUUACUUGUAAAUACCCUUAUGGAUAUGUUUUGUUCGGACACUGAGCCAUUGCGUGAGUGGGAAUACUUACCGCCAGUUGGUCCGAGGUCCAAUAAGGGUUUCUGUGGCCUCAAGAAUGCUGGAGCAACGUGCUACAUGAAUUCUGUUCUGCAGCAACUUUACAUGGUGCCAUCAAUUCGAUUGGGUAUUCUGUCGGCUGCUGGAGCAUGUACGGAUCCCAAUGAGGAUUUCAGUGGGGAAACCGAUACGGCCGAUUUGGUGUCAGAGGAUGAGAAUAACCGACGAAACUAUCAUGUUGGUAUUCUGAAACAUGUCCAGGCCAUUUUUGCCCACCUGGGGCACAGUGCUCUACAAUUCUAUGUUCCACGUGGUCUAUGGAGCCAUUUCAAAUUGCAAGGUGAACCAGUAAAUUUGCGAGAACAACAAGAUGCUGUUGAAUUUUUCAUGUCACUCUUUGAGAGUCUCGAUGAAGGUCUAAAGGCACUUGGGCAUCCGCAACUGAUGGGUGCCACCCUAGGGGGAUGCUUUAGUGAUCAGAAAAUAUGCCAAGAAUGUCCUCAUCGUUAUUCAAAGGAGGAACCUUUCAGUGUCUUCAGUGUUGAUAUAAGAAAUCACAGUUCUCUCACUGAUUCACUCGAACAGUAUGUGAAGGGAGAAUUGCUCGAGGGUGCCGAUGCUUAUCAUUGUGAUAAAUGUGAUAAAAAGGUGGUUACAGUUAAAAGGCUUUGUGUUAGAAAACUGCCUCCAGUGUUGGCUAUUCAACUAAAGAGAUUUGAGUACGAUUACGAACGUGUUUGUGCGAUUAAAUUCAAUGAUUAUUUUGAAUUUUCGCGAAUACUCGAUAUGGAGCCUUAUACAGUGUCUGGAUUAGCAAAAAUUGAUGGAGAAGUGAUUGAGGUGGAUGAUCCGACUGAAGAUCAACCAGCAACGACAAAGUAUCAAUUGACGGGAAUUGUUGUGCACAGUGGACAAGCAAGUGGGGGUCACUAUUUCAGCUAUAUCUUGCAUCGUGAUCCAAUAACGGGCAAGGAAAAGUGGUAUAAAUUUGAUGAUGGUGAAGUGAGUGAGUGCAAGAUGCAUGAAGAUGAAGAAAUGAAGACUCAGUGCUUUGGUGGUGAUUACAUGGGUGAAGUGUAUGAUAAUAAUCUCAAGAGGAUGCAGUAUCGACGACAGAAGAGAUGGUGGAAUGCAUAUAUGCUCUUCUAUACACGAUGUGAUCAGACACCAAUUCAGCAAAAGCCCAGCAUUGAGCAGCUUUCACUGGCAGACAGUCGAAACUGUGUCCUACCAAUGCCGGAACCCAUUGAGAAAAGUGUCAGAUCACAAAAUAUUAGAUUCCUGCACUCCCGAAGUUUCUUCUCACCUGAGUUCUUCAAUUUCAUCCUCAAGCUUGUGAAUUGUAGUGUGCCAUCGCCGAGAUCAGAAAAAAUCACGCAACAUGCGGAAGAACUCUUGCUGCUUGGUGUUCAAUUAGCAUCUCAAUUUCUAUUUCAUUCUGGUUUUCGCACGAAAAAGACACUACGCGGUGCUGCUAUUGAUUGGUAUGAAGAAUUAAAAAUACCCGUGUCCAUAUGGUAUGAUUCCCUGUGUCAACAUGUACGUCAUUCAGCUGUUGUGAGAAGUUGGUUUGCCCAGAAUGCACUUCUGAAUCCACCAACACGUCUGGCUGAGUACAUUUUGAUUGCACCAUCACCUGAAGUGAGGGCAGUUUUUGUCAAAUUGGUCGUUUUCUUCUGCCAUUUUGCCAUCAAUGAUGAUCCUAUUGCGAAUUUUGAGGGAUCGAAUUUGUGUGAGCAAGUGUUGAUAAGUGUAUUGUCCCUGUUGAAGGGCGAAGUGGCUGAACAUGGAAAACAUUUACCUCACUACUUCAGCCUCUUCUGUAUGUAUGCCGGAUUGGGACUUCAAGAGAAGCACCAAUUGCUGAAGCUGAAUGUACCGGCUAUAUUCAUGCAAGUGGCCCUCGAUGAUGGUCCAGGUCCACCAAUAAAAUACCAAUAUCCAGAAUGGAGCAAACUGCACCAGGUGGUGUCACAUUUGGUGCGAUGCAGUGAUGUAUCUAGUCGAUGUACGAGUUCAAAGAGUGAAAGUGGUGUUCGUCCACUACCAAAUCCCUACCUUGAACCCAAUAUACUAUCGGAGAAUCUAGCUCCAUUGUCUCCAGAGGCUUGUGAGUAUUUGUUCGGUAGGACGACGUAUGUGAAGAAAGUGAUUGAAGACACCAAUGUUGGGGAUGAGGGACUGAAAUUGCUGCAAUACUGCAGCUGGGAGAAUCCACAUUUCUCUCGAACUGUUCUCACAGAAUUAAUGUGGCAGUGUGGUUUUGCCUAUUGGCAUGAUAUGCGUCAUCAUACUGAUUUACUCCUGAAUAUCCUUCUGAUGGAGGAUUCAUGGCAGCAUCAUCGAAUACACAAUGCUCUUCUGGGUGUUUCGGAGGAGCGUGAGGGUCUCCUUGAUACGAUAAUGCGAUCGAAGAUUCACUACCAAAAGAGAGCCUAUCAGAUUAUAAAGUGUCUUGUACAACUCUUCCGACGAAGUCCCGUGGCGCACAGUAUGUUAAGUAACAAUGCUAAAUUGACAAGACAGUGGACGGAUGCUGUGGAAUGGUUGCAGGAUGAACUAGAAAGGACACGCAGUGUUGGUGGCCAGUACAAUUAUAGCUCGUGGUCACCGCCAGCACAGAGCAAUGACAGCACCAAUGGGUACAUGCUAGAACGAUCACAGUCUGCGAAGAAUGUUCUUCAGGCGGCUGUUGAACUCUUCCCAGAGGAGGUGAGUGAGGAACCGGAUGAACCAAUAAUUCAGGUGGAUACAGAUGUUGGGCAAAUUGAUGAGACAGGAAGUGCAACAACUGUUGUGGCCGGACCUGAAUUUGUUGAUCCACUGAGGAAGGACGAUGAGGUGACUGCCGCACCAGGAACUGUUUUGACAACAGUGACUGCCACCACUGGGCAUUCGACUGCAGUUACUACGACACCAGCUGUGGUGGUCAAGAAUGACAGUGUUAAGGCAGAAUCUAAUGAAGGUGAAAUGACCUUCAUGAUGAUUCUAAAUAAGACCAUGACUCAGAUGCGUGUGUCGUCGAAUCAGUCUCCGAGUGGUGUUGAGAGUGAUGGGGAGUCAUCAACGACGAGAACUGUAAAUCAGCGAUCUGGUCAUACUGUACAAAUGGAAGGAAAUGCAUUGACCUCAAGUGGUGAGGGUAGUAGUUCAACCACCACCACAAUCACUACAACAACCCCAGCUGUUAAUUCGACAAAGCAAAAAUUUGAGCAGACAUAAGGAUUUUGAGGUAGGAUGAAAUUGUUAAAGGAUGAAACACAAUGGAUAGGAAAAAAAAGAAAGAAAAGAAAGAAAACCGAGCCCCCCUUUACACGAAAAUUUCUCUUUUUCUCUAACACCGAAUCAGCGAUAAAUGAAGUUAUAGGAGGAGUAACAAAAAAGUUACAGAAGAUUCAAAAGAACUACAGUUCUUCAAAUGGACUUUUUUUCGUAUUAUGAGAAUUACUAUUCAUGUUUUUUUUUGUGCAUAGACUCUUCUUUGUCUUGUCAUCUUAACACCUAAGAAGUAAAUAAUAAUUUUUGCAAGUUAUUUGCAUUUCUGCUUAUUUUUUUUCAAUUUUGAUAGCGACAACCGUGCACAGGUGAUGAUCAAAUGGGGAUUUAUUAAUUAAUAUUAAUACCGUUAAAAUCUAAUUUAUUUUGAGAAAAUGAAGGUGAAAUAUUUUGAGAGGUGUUUUUACUUUUUUUUCUGUUUAUUACAUGUGUUAAGUAGGAAAGAAAUACAAUAUUAUAAACAAAAAGCAAAUAGUGGCAUUUCUCACAACUAUAAAUGAUAAAAUAGAGCAAGUUAAAAUGAAAAGAAACAGAAACAAGUUGCAAAGGAGUGUGUUGUAUAUAAUAGAUUUUUUUUCAUUAACUUUUUCCUAAGAUAAUUCUUAAACCAUUCAUGCCAAGAUUUUUGUUGCAUUCAAUUUUAAGAAAAUCAUAAUCUGUCUUCUGUUUUAUUUUCGAGUUAAUAUAACUGCAAAGAAGGGAUUAAGGAAGAAUAAUUCGUUAGGCUUUUCUCCAAAAAUUCCAUGAGGAAUGUAACUGAUGACUGAAAAUUGAGGGGAGAGGUGAGUAGGUGAAAAAGAACACUAUAUGUUCGAUAUUUAUUAAUUUUUCCUUCUUUGUUAUCGGUUAAAAAAAAUCUUAAUUUUUUUUUUGUUUGGGGAGAAUAUGACGAUCUUAUAAAUAUUUCUUGUGCAGCACUAAAAUGUCAUUUGCUGUGCAAAAUUUCAUUUAAUUAAAUGAUCAAUAAAUUUAAUAGAAAAAAAAAUCGGAGAGAUGAAAACGAUGAACAACAGCGCGUUCUAGCUUGUGUUGUUUUUCAGUCUAAAUAAUUAAUAUUAGAGCAAAUAGUUUUUUUUCUGUGAGGUUUAAAAAAAAAGAGCUGAGUUCGUAAAUAAAAUAAAAUUAAAAAUAAUAAAAAGAAUACAAGAUUGAAAUAGGACAAAGAUAAUGAAUAUUUGAUGGAAUUUUUUAUGUAACAUUUACGAUUAAUUUAAUAAAUUAACAUAAUUGAAAGCCAAAAAAAAACAAUAGUUCUGUACAUAUAUUUUAUAGAAGAGAAAUGAAGAAGUAAAAGAUGAUAAACCUAAAGAAAACAAAAUGAUUAAAUAAUAAAUGAAAUCGAAGGGCAUAAAUUACUCACUUAAGCUCGGAUGAAUGCGUUAUUAAGAAGAAAAAAAAAAGAAGAAACUAAGACGAUGUGGAUGGGAGCGAUGUUUUAUUAUUUUCUAUUAGAAAUUUAUUAUUGACCUCGAUGGAGAGGUCAAUAAGAGAGAGAAAAGUGAAAUGCGUUAAAAAUUAAACAAAUAUAUUGAAUGUGAUUUUAAGUUUUUUUCGCGCAUUUAAAUCUUUUUUUUUUUAUAUAAGAUAAAGUUUAUAUACAAAAAAAAUACAUAUACUGACACAAUAUAUGUAUCAUUUAAUCAAAAGAAAACGAAAAUAUGAAAUUAAAAAAUAAAUAAAUAAAUAAAAGAAGAAAAGGUACACAAACUCAUUUUUAUAUAAAUAAAUUAAUUAAAAUGCUAUAUAAAGUACUAUGGAAGGAGAAAAAGUGAAGUAUUUUUUAAAAAUGAAACUGGUUUAUAGACAACAAAAAAAAUGAUGUUUUUAAAUUAAUUGAGAGAAAUGAAAAGAUAAAAACUAUUUUUUGGUAUUAUUGGCAAGAAUUGAUAAAAGUGUCGACAUACGUUGAAGAUCGGUUCAGGAGUGGGUCGAAAAAUAAAUACGAAAUAUCUUAUAUUGUUUUACAUGAACUAAAUAUAUACCAAGAAAUAAAAUGAUAAAAUGAAAAACAAAGUGAAAAAAAGGAUCUAUGAUGAAAAAUCUAUUGCAAUUUGUAAGAUUUCAUUAUGAUACUAGAAAAAUAAAUUAUGUAGAAAGAAAAAAAAAUGAAAACUUAAUAUUGUGACACUUUAAAAGAAAAAAAGCGAGAGAGAGAGAAGAAAGAAAGAUUACAUUAACGAGAUGAGAAUGAGAGGAACAUUUUUGCUAUUCGCACUACCAAACUUAUAUAUACAAUUAUUAAUUACUAUAUUUAAAGAAGAAGAAAGAAAGAAUGAUAUAAAUAACCAACUCUUUAAAUAAAAAAAAAAAAUAACAAAAAGCAAGAAAACUAUUGAAAAAAGCAUAAUAUUAUUUUACUAAUGAAAGAGAUGAUGGAUGAAAGGAAACAGAAGAAAAAAAACAACAUUACCUAAAAAAAAAAGAAGUAAUUGACUAAAAAAGUGCUUAAGAAUUUUUUACAUAAUAAUAGAAAUGAAAAAGGAGAAAAAUGAAUUAAAGAUGAUAGUGAAGAUGAAACCAAUUAUAACUGUACAUAAAUGUGCAUAAAAUAUUUACUUAUGUAACAAUUAUUAUUUAUAAUCUUUGAUGAUAGAACUGUAAUCGAUAUUUCUUCGAAGAAAAUAACUAACUGCUAAAUAAUUCAUUAUUUUAUUGAUGAAUUUCCAAUUUUUUCCUCCUUUUUUUUUAAAUGUAAUUACUGAGGAUGUACUCUUAUGUAUGAGAACAUUUGAAUGCAUUAGUAAUUCCAACACGAUCACAAUAAAUUAAUAAAAAAAAUGAAUGGUUAAAAAAAGGAUGAGAAAAACUUGAUGGAGAACACGAUGAAAAAAAAUGAAUAUGAAUAAACAUUAUGUAUUAGAAGAAAAGAACAUUGCAGUGAUUUUAAAAUUAAAUAAAAUACCAUAAAUUUACUAAA